AUGUGCACAAUUUCCUAUGGGCGAUUCUAUGCAUCUCAUAAUGAAAACUGUGAAAUAGAUUUGUUUGUGAUGCAAGUAGAUGGAAAGAAAAUUGUGGACCCAAGUAAGCAGAAGGCAGUGUGUGAUCGCCUGAGAAUGGAGUUGUCUCAUCCCCUCCGUGUGAUGGUCAUGAACCGUGGACCCGACACAGAGCUUUUAGUUGCAAAUCCAGUUGAAUUAUGUGGCAAGGGUCGCCCUCUUGUUUUCUAUGAUAUCACCUUUGCCCUCAAAAUGCUCGGCACACGCAUCUUUUUGGCUGAGAUUGGGAGGCAUGUUGCCGGUGAGAGGGAAUGGGAGGUUUACAGAAUCCACCUUGGUGAUGAUCUUGAGCUUGCAGCAUCAAGGAACAAGAUUGUGGAGGGAGUUACAAAGAUGCUAAUGGGCUGGGACUGA